AUGGCAGACUUCCACGGCGCGGAGAUCCCGAUCUGUUAUGCUUCAUGCUCGAUAGGGCACGACAGCGAAAAGCACACCAUCCCGGAGAAAAUCAAGAUUCUGGCAGGUGCUGGCUUCGACGCCAUCGAGCUUUCCAUGCCAGAUAUUCUCGCCUAUGGGCAACAGAUUUCUGGAAGCAAGUCACAACCUGAUCCCAAGGACUACGCAACGCUCCGAUCUGUGGCCUCCGAGAUUGGACAGCUGUGUGAGAAGGCCGGCUUGAAGAUCCUGAUGUUGCAGCCUUUCGCGAAUUUUGAGGGCUGGCCGAAGGAUAGUGAGGAACGGAAGGACGCCUGGGAGCGGGCCAAGGGCUGGAUGAGUAUCAUGGAGGCGGUAGGAACGGACAUGCUCCAGAUCGGCUCGUCGGAUGCAGAUGGCAUUUCUGGAAACUUCGACGAGCUGGCAUCUGAUCUGGCUGAGCUAGCAGAUGUGUUCGCCGAGAAGGGCUUCCGGAUUGCAUAUGAGAAUUGGUGCUGGGCAACUCAUGCUCCGACGUGGAAAGACGUCUGGGAGAUCGUCAAGAAGGCCAACAAGCCGAACCUGGGAUUGUGCCUGGAUACUUUUCAGAGCGCAGGAGGAGAAUGGGGUAGUCCAGUCACCAAAUCCGGAAGGAUCGAAGACACAAGCGCGGAGGAACUGGAGAAGAGGUGGAAAGCCAGCUGCGAAGAGCUCGCACGAACCGUCCCUCCAGAGAAGAUUUUCCUUCUACAAAUCUCAGAUGCCUACAAAGUGGACCCGCCCUUGCAGGACAAGGCCGACGAAAGUGGCUUGAGGCCCCGGGGCCAAUGGAGCCACGAUUACCGACCACUACCAUAUGAUGGGGGCUAUUUGCCGGUCGAGGAUUUCACCAAGGCUGUCUUUAAAACUGGAUUCAGGAGCUGGGUGUCUGUAGAGAUAUUCGACAGCAAAGGGCCGGAAAAGUACGGAGACGACAUGGGCGAGUUUGCAAAGAAAGCUUUCCAGUCGGUCAACAAGCUAUUGGGAGAGGCUGGAGGUGCUGUCUGA